AUGUCCUCAGAGUCCAGCAAGAAGAGGAAACCCAAAGUGAUCCGCACGGACGGGGCCCCGCAGGAGGGCAAGCGGGGCAAGGGCGAUGCCGACCAGGACGGGCGGUACUACAGCGAGGAGGGCGAGGUGGAUGUACGAGACCCCAUCAAAGACUACGAGCUCUACAGAGACACUUGCCAGGAGCUCCAGAGGCUGAUGGCAGAAAUCCAGGAGCUGAAGAGCCGGGGCAUCAAGGACAACGCAGCUGAGAUCGACGAGAGGCGGAUCCCGAGCUCAGGCCAUUUCCUCCUCAUGUCCAAACUCCAUCUCCUCUCUUUCAGGGUGUGUUUGCUGGAAGGAGGUGACAGAGCUUCGUCUCCUGCUGUGUUGCUACUUCAGGCCAAGCAGAAGGUGGAUGCCUAUCACCUGCAGCUCCAGAACCUGCUCUACGAGGUGAUGCACCUGCAGAAGGAGAUCACCAAGUGCCUGGAGUUCAAGUCAAAGCACGAGGAGAUUGAGCUGGUGAGCCUGGAGGAGUUCUACAGAGAGGCCCCCCCUGAGAUCAGCCGUCCUGCCAUCACCCUGUCUGAGCCCCACCAGCAGACCCUGGCCCGCCUGGACUGGGAGCUGGAGCAGCGCAAGAGGCUGGCAGAGAAGUACAAGGAGUGCCUGACCAGCAAGGAGAAGAUCCUGAAGGAGAUCGAGGUGAAGAAGGAAUAUCUGAGCAGCCUCCAGCCUCGACUCAACAGCAUCAUGCAGGCCUCCCUGCCUGUCCAGGAGUACCUCUUCAUGCCUUUUGACCAGGCCCACAAGCAGUAUGAGACAGCCCGGCACCUCCCACCACCGCUCUACGUCCUCUUCGUCCAAGCCAGCGCCUACGGCCAGGCCUGUGAUAAGAAGCUUGUGGUGGCCAUUGAAGGGAGUGUGGAGGAAGCCAAAGCCCUGUACAAGCCACCUGAGGACUCACAGGAUGACGAGAGUGACUCAGACGCAGAGGAGGAGCAGACCACGAAGCGGCGCAGGCCCACGCUGGGGGUGCAGCUGGACGACAAGCGCAAGGAGAUGCUCAAGAGGCACCCCCUGUCUGUCACCAUCGACCUCAAGUGCAAGGAUGACAACGUGCUUCACCUGACCUUCUACUACCUGAUGAACCUCAAUGUCAUGACAGUGAAAGCCAAGGUGACCACUGCUGUCGAGAUGACAACUGCCAUCAGUGCUGGCGACCUGCUCUCCCCAGACUCCCUCCUCAACUGCCUCUAUCCAGGAGACCAUGGCAGGAGAACUCCCAACCCUGCCAACCAGUUCCAGUUUGAUAAAGUGGGCAUCCAGACCUUGAGCGACUACGUGACAGAGCUGGGGCACCCCUACGUGUGGGUGCAGAAGCUGGGUGGCCUGCAUUUCCCCAAGGACCAGCCUCAGCACACAGUGACAGCAAACAACUCCCUGAGUGCCAGCCACAUGGAGCUGACGGUGAAGCUGCUGCGCUCCCGCCUGCAGUCCCGCCUGGCUCUGCACAAGCAGUUUGCCUCCCUGGAGCAUGGUGUUGUGCCAGUCUCCAGUGAGUGCCAGCACCUCUUCCCUGCCAAGGUGGUGUCCCGCCUGGUCAAGUGGGCUGCCAUUCCCUACGAGGACUACGCGGAGCUGCCCUACACCAAAGAUGUGAUAGAGGCAGGCUUGGCUGAGGACACUCACCUUUACUACAUGGCCCUGAUCGAAAGGGGCACAGCCAAGCUGCAGGCUGCUGUGGUGGUGAACCCUGGGUACUCCACACUGCCACCCGUCUUCAGCCUCUGCCUGAACUGGAAAGGAGAACGAAACAGCAGCAACGAUGACAACAUUCGGGCCAUGGAGAGUGAGGUCAAUGUCAACUACAAGGAGCUGUGGGGACCCAAACCAGGCUACCAGCUGCUCACCAACCAGCUGCAGCGCCUCUGCAUGGUGCUGGAUGUCUACCUGGAGACUGAGCCCCACGACACCAGCGUGGAGGGGCCCAAGGAGUUUCCCCAGGAGAAGAUGUGUCUGCGCUUGGUCAGGGGACCCAUGCGCCUGAAACCCUUCAAGUUCAACUACCCCCAGGGGUUCUUCAGCCAUCGUUGAGGCCUCCCUGGGCUUCCCUCUGGGCUAGGCCUCCUCCUGGCCCUGGGGAGGAAGGUCCCCAUCCCACCAUUUGUUUCUUUUCUGAGAUGUUGGGGUUUUUAUUUUCUUUGUUUCAGCGUUUUGUAGCCAAAAGGAUUAAACCCGGAGCUGAAGA